GUUAUUUGUUCAUCUCUUAAAAAGAGCCGACCAGCAGUAAGAGUUACUUAACUAUCGUACUAAAAUCAAACUUUACGAGAUCUAAAGCAAAACUUAUUCGGUAAAAUGGCAACCUUUUCAAAAUCCAUCAUUGAGAAGGGAUCUGAUAUGGUCCAAGACUUAUUUUGCUCGACCUGCGAAGACAGGAAACUAGAUCAAAUGGCUAAUUUCUACUGUGAAUCUUGUGUAAAAAAUUUCUGUGAAACAUGUGUUGGCCUGCACAGCCAGUUGUUUACAAAACAUGCCCCCUAUGGAAGAGGAGAUAUGAAUAAAUGGCCAGUGUCAAAAAAGGUGGAAGAUUUUCUCCUCAAAUAUGAUGUCCAUAAAGAUAAAAUCAUGGAGUUGUUUUGUGAUGAACACAGUGAGCUGUGCUGCACAAAUUGUGCAUUCCUUAAUCACAGACACUGCCAAAAGGUAAUUCUUACUUCCGAGAUUGUAAAAAGUCAGUCUACAGACCUUCAACACCUGUCAGUUUCUAUCCAAACUAUUUUGGAAAAAAUGAAGAAACUUCAAGACAACCAAGAGGCUUGCAUUAAGUAUGUGCAAAAUUCAUAUGAUGAACAGUUAAGCAGGAUACAGAAAACUAGGCAACAAAUAAAUGCAGCCUUAGACGCAAUUGAACAGAAGACACUGAAGGAAAUGAAAGAUACUCUGACCGAACUGCAAGUCUCUUCCAAAAGUGAUGUUGACAAAUGCAUCAGGUUGCGUGAUGAAUUGAAACAGCUUCGAGACGCCAUACAGGACAUUAGUGAUAAAAGAAAGCUCGAACUAUCCUUUAUAGCCACCAGAAAAUGUGAGGACAAAAUACAACAGUCAGAAACCUUUUUGAAGAAGAACUCUCUUCAGGUAAAAGUUUCAAUAACAUUCCAGUCUAACAAUGAUAUCGUACAGUACUUGUCCAAUCUUUCAGGUCUUGGGAGGAUUGAACACAGUACCCAGAUAGUGAUGGUACAAGAGGAUCCCGAUAAAGUGUUAAAUGUGCAAGGAAAGUCUGUACACAAUGUGAAAAUAUCAAGUGAUCCAUUUGAAUGCCGCAUCACAGCUGUCUGUGUUCUCCCUGACAAACAGAUCCUGGUUGCAGACAAUGAUAAUAGGAAAAUCAAGCUUCUUGACCAGCAGUAUCAGGUGGUGAGUCACUGGAGUGCCAAUGCCUUUACAGUUGAUAUGUGUCAAAUCACACCCAGUGAGGUGGCUGUGAUUGUGGAUGAGGGUAACAUACAUGAGGUCCAGUUAAUCACAGUGAACAACAGGCAGCUGAUGGCAGAAAGGAGGCUUCAGUUACAACAUCUAUGUGCAGGUAUUGCCUUCCACCAGGGAGACCUGUAUAUCACUGAUUACACUGUAUUGUACAAGUACACACUCAAAGGGAAACUUAUCUGCAAGAUAUAUGAGGAUAAAUCAGAUACUUAUACAGUUUGCAAGUGUGCUGUGAGUCCCGCAGGGGACAUGUUGUACAUCAUUAACUACUUCCAAAACAAGCUUCUCACCCUGGCCAGGGAUGGUUCAGUUCUUGCCAACUUCACUGACCAUGCACUACAAGAAUCAAAUGGUGUACAUGUGACACCUGCGGGCCAGGUGCUGGUCAGUGGAUGGCUGUCCACUAUCCUACAGGUGAAUAGUGAGGGCAAAAAGAAGCUAGCCACUCUUGCUACAAAGGAGGAAGGAGUGUUGAAACCCAUGUCAGUCUGCUACAACAGACACACUGCCUCCAUCAUUGUGGGACUUUCUAAGAACAGCAGUAUCCUGGUGUUGAAAGUUAAAUAGUGUAAUUGAACAUGUACAUGCAUUUUGAUUGAUGAGUCAGAUUAUUUAAAUUGCCAUGUGAUUAUGUUGUUGUGUUAAAGAACAUUGUAUUAUGAUAAUAAUUACUUGUAAGUGGUUUUGCAGGUGCAAAGAAUGUUUCUGUGAACAUAAAUAUAGGAACUGGCACGAGUUGUCAUAUCAUACCAUUUUUUAUUAAACGAGUUCAUGAAUUUUGUUAGUAAGCGAGCAUUUGGCGAGCUUACUAACGAAUUUCCUGGACGAGUUUAAUAAAAUAUGGUAUGAUCUGACAACGAGCGUCAGAUCUUUUUUAUCACAUGCUUUUAAAUGAGCAAAUCAAAUAAAUAUUUACGCAAACAUAAUGAUAAAUCCCGAAUGUUGUUUACAUUUCGUGACGUCAUUUGACGUUGCAACGUCAUUUCAUCAAAAUAACAAAAUGCGAUUGGUCAAUAAACGAAAACUAAGCCAAUGAAAACGCUUAAAAAUGUUGUAUUACACAUGUGUAAUAUAAAAAAAUAUGUAAUGGUUGUAUUACAUGGUAAACAAGGUAUAGCAUGUGAUAAAAAUUGGUAUGUGGAAUAUUAUAUUAUUACAUCUACAACAAUUGUUUUUGAUUUCCUCAUUGACUUGACAAGUCGUCAUGAACUGAUGGUUAAAAUACAGAAACAAUUUUAGUUUAGGGUAUAGUGUCUGUCAUUUUAACAUAACAGCAACAUUACACUGUAACAAUAUAUAUGUACAUAUAUAGGUUGGCAUUUCUUUAACAUACAUACAAAUGAAUUGAAUAUACAUUAAAUUGGUUGUAUCUUUGAUUUUUAAGAAUGACAAAUACUGUGAAAAUCCGAUGGCUAGAACUUGCUGGGCUCGAAUUUCCGGUUGGCUUGAACUCUCCUCGAAUCACCGAUUUUUUAUUGCUAUAUAUUCAUAUAAUUUUUUUCGGAUGGCUGGAAUUCCCGAGUGUUGAAUGCUCGGAUGGCUUUAACUGUUUUCACAGUAUCCGUCACAAUGUUCACAAGUUCUUUUGGUCGUUUGGUUUGAACUUGCUUCGGGCUUGAUAAAGCUGUUAAUCAAUAGGAGUGCUUGAUUUAAGACACGCCAUAAUUGCACCAAGUCAUCGAUUUAAUUGUUAAUUGAUUGGAGUAAAAGAUGAUAUUUUGUUUUAAAAUGUGGCCUUUUUGUAGAUGCGGUAUUAUUAUUGCUUAAACGGCUAUAUCACAACAUGUACAAUGUUAAUUAAAUGACGUAGACAAUUUUAUAACUUUGUUUAGCACAACAACUCAUGAACAACACACAAACGGACAGCAUGUCAUUCUUCAAAAAACAAGAACAUAAAUAUUAUUCUGAUAAAGAUUUAAGCCAUGUGUAAAUAGUGCGUAUUCAUGUUUUCUCUUUAGAGCUGUUUCUUACAUGUACCCGUAAAUGCGCCACGUAAAAACGCUUAUAUAUAAUACAGUGUAUACAUUUAUUAUAUGAUAUAUGUUUGAUUGUACAUGUAUGUGUAACUUAAAAAAAUAUUGUUGAAUGAAAGUUUUAAAUAAUUAA